AGGCCAGCGCCGCCCGUUAAUAAAUAAAGAACUCCGCGUUCCAAAUUAUGGCCACUUCCACAUUAUACUACUUGGUUCCUUCUCACUUUCCCUCUCUCACAUCACAACCCUUCUUCCUACAUAGAAUUUUUUAUUUAUUAUUAUUAUUAUUAUUAUUAAUGAAUGAAUCUAUAUGUGAUGUCGAUUUGAUCUAAGCCCCUCCCUAUACUCUUCUCAUAAUACCCUAUUAUAUUUUCGGCUAUUCCAUUUUUAAAGUCACGGAAUCCGAUAAAUCUCUCUUUAAUCACCACCCACAUUUCUGUUCUGUCUUCUCUCUGCUGGUUUUGGCUUUUCAGUGGUGAUUGUAAAUCUGGUCUCAAAAGAAAGAAUCUAUGUAACUAGAUUUGUUGAAAUAUUGUGGAGCAGGGAAGAUGACAGAAUCAAAAGCAGAAACACCUUUGCUGGUGCCAUCGUCGCGGAUCCUUCCUGACUUCAAAAAAUCUGUGAAAUUGAAGUAUGUGAAGCUUGGGUAUCAUUACCUAAUCACUCAUGGAAUGUACCUCUUUCUUUCGCCACUUGUGGUGUUAAUUGCUGCUCAGCUCUCAACUUUCUCGCUCAAAGAUAUCUAUGAUAUUUGGGAAAAUCUGCAAUACAAUCUCGUGUCUGUCAUUAUUUGUUCAACACUGCUUGUAUUUUUAUCGACGCUAUAUGUUAUGACUCGUCCUAGGCCGGUUUACCUUGUGGACUUCUCGUGUUACAAGCCGGAAGAGUCGCGUAAAUGCACAAAAAGAAUAUUUAUGGAUCACUCGAGGGCGAGUGGUUUCUUCACAGACGAAAACCUUGACUUCCAGCGGAAGAUUCUCGAGAGAUCUGGACUUGGAGAGAGCACUUACCUUCCCGAAGCUGUUCUCAGCAUUCCUCCUAACCCUUCGAUGAAAGAAGCUAGGAAAGAAGCUGAGGCUGUUAUGUUUGGUGCCAUCGAUGAGCUCAUUUCCAAGACAUCGGUUAAGCCGAAGGAUAUUGGAAUUUUGAUUGUCAAUUGUAGUCUCUUUUGUCCAACUCCGUCGCUUUCUGCAAUGAUCAUAAAUCACUAUAAGCUUAGAGGAAACAUAAAGAGUUACAAUCUUGGUGGGAUGGGAUGCAGUGCAGGGAUUGUUUCAAUUGAUCUUGCGGAAGAACUUCUCCAAGUUCAUCCCAACUCCUAUGCAUUGGUUGUUAGUAUGGAGAACAUCACGCUGAAUUGGUAUCCUGGGAAUGAUCGAUCCAAGCUUGUUUCAAAUUGUUUGUUCCGUAUGGGAGGGGCUGCGAUUUUACUUUCCAACAAGAGCUCUGAUAGGAGAAGAUCUAAAUACCGAUUGGUCCACACUGUUCGCACUAACAAGGGCGCUGAUGACAAGUGCUUCAGCUGUGUUACGCAAGAAGAAGACGACAAUGGCAAAGUUGGUGUAACUUUAUCAAAAGAUCUUAUGGCAGUUGCAGGCGAUGCUUUGAAAACAAACAUCACUACCCUCGGACCUCUUGUCCUUCCAACAUCCGAACAGUUGCUGUUCUUCGGCACCUUAGUUGGAAAGAAACUCUUCAAGAUGAAGAUCAAGCCUUAUAUUCCAGAUUUCAAGCUAGCUUUCGAACAUUUCUGCAUUCAUGCAGGUGGAAGAGCUGUUUUGGAUGAGCUGGAGAAAAACUUGAAACUGUCUACAUGGCAUAUGGAGCCGUCAAGAAUGACACUCUAUCGUUUUGGAAACACGUCGAGCAGUUCCCUUUGGUACGAAUUGGCUUACACAGAAGCUAAGGGAAGGAUAAAGAAAGGAGAUAGGACAUGGCAAAUAGCAUUUGGUUCUGGAUUCAAGUGCAACAGUGCAGUAUGGAAGGCUCUCAGGACAAUCAAUCCUGCAAAAGAGAAGAACCCUUGGAUCGACGAAAUCCACCAGUUUCCAGUUGAUGUUCCAAGAAUUUCUGCCAUCUAAAUGACGCGGUUUCAAAUUAUUAUUUUUUGUAUGUAUCAACAUUAGGUGGUUGGUUAGCUGUUGAACUGGCGGAAGUGGCUGAGUAUUGGCGAUUGUUUGAAGGUUAGGUUUUGUUAAUUCGAUUUAGUCGAGGUCUGGUCACGAGCUUUGGUGUGCUGAGUUUUGCAUAAAUUUAUUGCCCCGUGGUGGUAGUUAUUUGUAUUAUUGCAUCUGAAUUGUAAUCCAUGAUUUGCUUGGUACCAUUGCAGCUAUGCAUUAACGUUACAAAUUCUUUCUAUUGGAAUGGAAAUUUCAUGAAAA